CGUCUCCUUCCUCCUCCUCCCUGCCCACAGCGAUCCCAGAGCCUCGGCGACCGCACCGCCCUCUGUCGGAUCGCAGGAUCACCCCAGCCCGUUUCAACUCUCAAGCAACGUUUUCGCUUCCGAUUCGGCCUCCAGAAUGAUCAAGCCGUCCGAAUCCGAUAUCUCCAACACCCACCACGACUCGGACUCGGUGGACUCUGAAAUCAGCGAGGAUGAGGAGGAUUCCAAAGAUUACUGCAAAGGCGGAUAUCAUCCAGUCAACAUUGGCGACAAGUUCCACGAGAACAGAUACCUGAUCCUUCGGAAACUGGGAUGGGGCCAUUUUUCGACAGUCUGGCUGGCGCAGGAUCAAAAACUUGAUCGCCUUGUGGCACUCAAGAUUGUCAAGUCUGCGACCCACUACACCGAAACAGCGCUCGAUGAAAUCAAGCUUCUGGAACGGGUUUCGACAGCAAAUCCCACAAGUAAAGCGCGAAAGGCAGUCGUCGAGCUCUACGACUGGUUCAAGCACAAGGGGCCCAACGGCGUCCACGUUUGCAUGGCCUUCGAGGUCCUUGGCCCGAAUCUGCUGACGCUCAUUCGCCAGUAUCGCCAUCGUGGCAUUCAUACUGCGAUCGUUCAGAGGAUCACGAAGCAAAUUCUCAUGGCAUUCGACUACCUCCAUCGAGAGUGUGGUAUCAUUCACACCGACCUCAAGCCAGAGAACGUACUCAUCGGUGUCGAUCUGGAAAAGAUCAAGCAAAAGCUCGGCCUCGUUGGGGUUGCUGGCUGCAACGGUGCUAGCAAAUCGGCUGACGGCAGCAACACCGCCGGGGCCGGUGUGACCCAGCCGAUAGGCAAGGAUAGUCCUCUGUGGUCACUAUGUACGUCGCCGAUCUCGACGUCGACUCCGGGCUCGCCUCUGACACGCCAGCAGCGCAAGAAGCAAAAGUACAAGCAAAAGAAGCAGCUGGCCAAGAUGCAGACCAUCCAAACAGCAGUCACGGGCGGCCCUGGUGCCUCCAAGCGCCCGUCGCUUACUCCGGCCAGCGCCAGCGCGAUCGAGGGGGCAAGGCUACCACUGGGCUCUUCCUCCACUGGCAACCCGGCCAACAGCUCGACUGGUAGCGAUGACAAGUCUGCUCAAAACAUCGACAUCAACAGCCUGACGCCAGAAGAAAUCGCCAAGAUGACAAAGACCUCGCGACUAUCGUUCAUCCCCAACAACCGGACCGAUGCUCAGAACGGCACCAGUUCGAAGGCUACGUCAAGUGAAACUUUGGGCAGGAACCUCAGCGACAUCAGUCUGGCCGACAAGAGCGAGUCUGCUGAUAUGGCCAACGCUACUCCCGAAGCGAAGCAACAGCUGAAAGAGGAGGCUCGUCGGCGAAGACACCUCGAGCACCAGCACAUCAAGGUCAAAAUUGCCGACCUUGGAAACGCCUGCUGGAUCGACCAUCAUUUUACCAAUGAUAUCCAAACGCGGCAAUACCGGUCGCCUGAGGCCAUUCUGGGGGCCAAAUACGACACCAGCGCCGACAUCUGGAGUCUCGGAACAAUGGUCUUUGAGCUGCUCACGGGCGACUACUUGUUCGAUCCCCAAUCCGGAAGCAAGUACACCAAGGACGAUGAUCACAUUGCCCAGAUCAUCGAGCUGCUUGGGCCUUUCCCCAAGCACGUGGCGCUGGGCGGCAAAUACAGCCAGAGCAUCUUCAACCGAAAGGGCGAGCUGCGGAACAUUCAGAAGCUGCGGUUCUGGAAGCUGGAGGAUGUUCUUCACGAAAAGUAUCACUUUUCACGGGAGGAAUCCAGACAGAUUGCCCACUUUUUGCUGCCAUCGAUCGAAAUCGAUCCACAGAAGAGAGCGACCGCCGCCGAUCUGCUGAAUGACCCCUGGGUCGCGAGUGUAUCGAUCGAAGACAUCUUUGAUCCCCCGGCCAGUGGUUCCCUGGGAAUGCCCGUCGGAUCCGGCUCCCCGGAAUCGUCGCCUGUUGCGCAAGGGGAAGAUAUCGAUGUCGAGGCCGACGAUGGCGCCGACGAUGGCGCCGACGAUGAGGCCGAUGUUGAUGUUGAUGCUGAUGCCGAUGCCGAUGUUGAUGCUGAUGUUGAUGCUGAUGCUGUGCCCGUCGCUGCCCCCGAGGCCAUGGCGAUCGACAGCGAGGCAGGCGCCGAAUGACCGGGUCGAUGGCGACACUCGUCCUGGCCCAUGCCGAGAUGAAACGACGACCAUGGCGGAACCUCUGCUUCGCCCCAUCUGCAGCCGGCUCGCAGCCAAAGCCGCAAUCGCAACCACAACCGCAACCACAACUGCCGAGGCUCUGCUCUGUCUGCCCACAAGCCACAUCCCUGCGCUGGUCUGCCCUUUGGUUGCAACUGGCGAUACCUUCACCACCAUCCCACCCCCUUUCCACCGAUCUCCUCUCUGCACUUCUUCUUCGCAACAGCCCGCCAACAUGACAGCGCUCGCAAAUGAAAUGGGAUGCCUGUUUCUGAGUCCACCGGGGGCCUUUCUGCGGUUCCUGAAUACACACGGUGUCCCUCUGCCAUGGCGACCUGCAACCCCGGACAUGACGCAGCAAAGAUGCAUGGUC